AUUAUUUUUCUUUUUUAUUACACGUAACACGCUCUCCCAACACCAAUUCCAAUGAGUGAUACGGCAGCAGCGCAAAUAUACUCUGCCGUCUAUUCGGGAGUGCCAGUGUUUGAAAUGAACGCUCGCGGCAUUGCUGUGAUGCGUAGACGAAGCGAUAGCUACCUCAAUGCCACCCAAAUUCUAAAGGUUGCCGGAAUCGAAAAGGGCAAACGAACAAAAAUCCUAGAACGCGAAGUCCUCAUUGGUGAGCAUGAGAAGGUACAAGGAGGUUAUGGUAAAUACCAAGGCACCUGGAUUCCCUUUGAGAAGGGCAAGGAGCUUGCUGAACGCUAUGAAGUUGCACAAUACUUGAUACCGAUAUUCGAAUAUGAUCCAGCAGAACAUCAAGAUGAAUCAGGAGAAGAUAUUACCCCUACCAAAGAUGAAGCCAUGGGUAUUCGUAAACCCAAUACGUCCAAAUCGACUAUCACUAAAAAAUUAGUGUCCAGCCCACAUGGUCACAGUCAAGAUACUAGAAAUCAUGAUCAUCCCAUGUCGUCACCCCACCGCACAACAGGAAACGAUACACCUGCACGCGCGUCGUCACCCAUGUAUCGCUCAUAUUCAAACAUUGAGGAACCUUUGCGAAAACGCCUUAAAGCCAUGUCACCAUUUGGCAGUCCCAGUCGAACCUACACGUAUGAUAGCCAGCAAGAAGACGAGCAUGAUACCCCUGGAGAACGGCAUCGAGCUGUCCUAAUGUCACUUUUUCUCAAUGAAGAUCCCGAUCAUGUUCCUGAUCUGUUCUUGGAGCACAACACUCCCAGAGAUUUGAAUAUUGAACUUGUGAUAGACGACCAAGGGCAUACCGCUUUGCAUUGGGCAGCCGCAUUGGCUCGACUCAAGACUCUUCGACAGCUUGUAGAACGUGGUGCCGACAUACAACGAACCAACUUUGCCGGCGAAACAGCUUUAAUGCGAUCUGUGCUUGUUACAAAUAACUAUGGUCAACAAUGCUUUUCAGACCUUCUGGAUAUACUGUUUGAUUCUAUCAACAGUGUAGAUCAGCAAAAGAGAACAGUGUUGCAUCACAUGGCUCUGACAGCCGGUAUCCCUCGACGUGCCACGGCCUGUGCAUAUUAUAUGAGCAUCUUAAUCCAGAAGCUACAUGAGAAAUUGGCUGAAGACGAAAGAUCGAGAUUGCUGGAGGCUAGGGAUAAUAAUGGUGAUACAGCACUGAACAUCGCUGCAAGACUAGGAAAUCGCAAAAUGAUGGUCACGCUGAUUAAGGCUGGUGCGGAUCGUUAUGCUGCCAAUAAUGUUGGUUUGAAACCUGAAGAUUUUGUGAAUGAUUUGAAAGUGAGUGGUGUUCAUCGUACGGAGCUAUGCACAAGAUGUGAGUGUAAAUUAACCUCUUCUGCCACUUUACAGACUGGCGACGGCGAUUUGGACAUGGAGGUGUUUAACAGUAGCCAAGUUUCUGGAACCGAUAGUCUAUUCAGCCGAAUCGACAGCACCCAACAUGACACAUUGGACACUUCCCUAUCCUUUCCAGCGCCGAGUAAACGCAGUCGAGAAAUCGUUUCUGCUGUACAAAAGAUUGUGAACGACUUAGAUGCGGAGUAUACCGGAGAGUUGUCACUGAAACAACAAGAAAUACGGGAAACUCGUGAGGAACUGAGAUUGUUACAAGCUCAAUUGGAUGAAGCUCAGAUGACAACAGCCACUUUGAAGGGACAAGCUUUGAAACUUGAAGAAGCAGAGAAACGAAUCAAAAUGCUUGAGGCUGCUCUCAAUGGCCGAGAUGGUGGACUGUUACACUUUGACAGUUAUGGAGGUAACAUGGUGGAAGACCCGAACUCUGUGUUAAGUGUUCUCAACGAGGAGCAACGCAACGACAGUCAGAUGCUCAUGACCCACCACCCUGAAACUGAAAAGGAGAAUUUAAGCGACAAUGGAACCAGCACGCCAGCGAAUGGAGCCGUCCGACGAGCACUUCUUCAGUCACCACGCCCUAGUAAUCAACUGUUAACGAAUGGCAAUGUAACGGACACUGUACAACAACAGGAAGCCAAGAUACAACAGCUACAACUCAAGAUCAGCAGUUGUACCAAGUCGGAACUGGAGAUGAAAAAGCAGUUGGAGGAUCUGGUGGCAAAAACGAGUGAAAAGGAAAUGCAAUACAAGAAACUUAUCGCUGUAUGCUGUGGUAUUACGUUGGAACGAGUGGAUGAUCUUCUACAGCCUUUGAUUCAAGCCGUCGAAUGCGAACAAAUGGCCAACCUCGAUAUUGGAAAGGUGGAGGAUUUUAUGGCCACCGUUCAGCAUGAUGGUGGAGAUGGGACAGCCAUGUCUAUGGACGAUACCAUGACCAUGGCGGAUGCAAUUGGCCAGCAGUAAGGAAUUGGACCCUCGGUUACCCUCCAUUUUAAUGCGUGCGCUGGCAGCACCCGACCCCCUCCCAUUUUCGCACACUCGCCUGUUUAAAAAAGCAACUAGUCCCAUCGUUUGGCGCUAAUUGGCUAUUCUCACAUCCCUUCUCGCUCUGUCUGUAAAUAAUAUCUCUCUAUAUUCCCAAUCACAUCAAUUAAACACGCCUGCCAUUCUUUUUUGUUGUUGAAAAAAAAAAUCU